CUUCAGAACGAUGGUCACGUGACGUGAUAAACAUUAGCAUGGCUGCUAAAUUGGCAGCUUUCGCUGCGGCAGCGAUGCCAGCAACCCCUCAAAUUUUUCUUUCCCUCAAAGAUUUCGAAGAAAAGCUUGAAAAAGUUGAAGAAGCGACAAUGACCAAGUAUGUCGUGUACCGGAAGGACCCCGUUUUUGGGGAAGACAAUGUGCAACCUUCAUCUGAGAAACUCACGCACUGGGAGCUAAAAGGCGUACAUUAUGAUGGUGUACCAUUUCAGCUUGUGGGAUCAAAAGUCUAUGGAUGCCACCAAGGAAGAGACAAAAGCCUCAGACAAAAGGAGAAGUACCAGACGCUGAAAGAGAAACAAGCGCUUGAAGACCACGUUGUCAAGUCUAGACACUGUCUAAUACAACCUACCAAGAAGAUGAAUUGCCCUGCCAAGCUGACUAUCACAGAUCAUCAAAUUCCCUGAUUUCAAGGUUGAGAACAACACUCAGGGUAAAAGGAAGAAGGCGUCAGCAGACCUGAAAAAAGCAGUAGCAGCAGAUUCUUCAGCAGCUAAAGGAAUCGUUGAAUACCACACACAAUUUCCUUCUAUAAAUGAACAUCGGUACCAUCCUGUUGUUGGACAGGAAGCUGAACUGCGUGAGCGUGUGGACCGCAAUGUAGAACAGCACAUAGUAAACCUCACCUUGGCUGGUGCCAAGAAGCCGAGUGAAAUCAAGCACCACAUCGUAACCUAUGUACAGGAUGAGCUGUUCCGUGGACAAACCCCUCCCCCAAACACACUGCGUAGAUUUUAUCCUACAGGUAAAGACAUCCAGAACAUCAUGUACAAAACAAAGAAGGGGUCACAAGAGUCAAGAAACGACCAGGUUAAUCUGCAGAUGGAUUAUGUGUCUGCAGACCUUGUGACCCUGGAACUGCUUAUAGAAGCAAGGAAGACGGUACAAAGCAGCCCCCUUGGUGUCAUCAACACUCCCAUGAUCCCCUGGUGUCAGACCACUUUGCCUCUCAACAUCAUGUCCAACAUCUACAUUAAACUGGAGAACAUGCAGAGGACUGGCUCUUUUAAAGUAAGAGGAGUGGCCAAUCAAUUCGCCAAGAGACCGAAGGGAGGCCAUUUUGUCACUAUGUCUGCAGGGAACUAUGGGAAGAGUUUUGCAUAUGCCUUGAAACAUUAUGGCUCAAAGGGCAAGGUGGUGAUGCCGGAAACCGCUCCAACAUCCAGAGCUACCCUCAUACAGAGUUUUGGAGUGGAGGUGGAGCGAGUUCAGACUUCCUGCCUGAUGAACGUUGUGAACCGCUGCGUUCAGGAGGACAACAUGACUUUCCUGCAUUCCUACGAUGACUUGGAUCUGAUAGCAGGACAUGCUAGUCUAGGUCUGGAGGUACUGGAGCUGAUACCCGAGCCUGAUGUGGUGGUGGUUUGUUGUGGUGGCGGGGGCCUCCUUGCCGGAGUAGCUGCUGCUAUCAAACUGUCUGGUUGUGAUAAGACCAGGGUUUACGGUGUGGAACCAGAAGGAGCAUGCACCAUGUACAGAAGCUUCAUUGAGGAGAAGCCAGUGGGCAUGGACACCAAGAGCGUUGCCUCAGGACUUGCACCGCCUUUUGCUGGCAAACUGCCCUAUGAGCUGUGCCAGCGUUUUGUGGAGGAGAUCAUCCUGGUGAGUGACGAGGAGAUCACGUCGGCGGUGUCCACCCUCUACAGGUCGGGGCUUGUGGUGGAGCCCUCGGGCUGUGCGGCCUUUGCUGCCAUCAUUAACCACAAGGUCCCCGAUUUGGAGGGAAAUAACGUUGUGUGCAUCCUCAGCGGCGGGAAUAUCGGGAAAGAUGAGCUAUGCAACUUUCCGGACUAAUGCACAAACAGCAGUGAAU